UUCGGUGCGUGUUUAGUUGUGGCUUUGGAUUAAGAUGUGGAUCUAUCUUUUGAUAGGCAUCAUUACCAGUUUGGUGCUGUUUGUUCGUCGGAAGUAUUUGUUUUGGGAACGACAACGUGUACCCUUUAUUAAACCAAAAUUUCCUUUCGGAAACUUACUGGUCAAUGGAAAACGGGUCCAUACGUCCCAGUUGACUACUUAUUACUACAAUGAACUCAAGGGCAAGAAGCAUCCCAUUGGUGGAGUAUUCUUUUUCACAACCCCGUUUGCUGUUGUGCUGGAUCGAGAACUGAUGAGGAAUGUUUUAAUUCAGGAUUUUCAGCAUUUCCACGAUCGAGGGUUGUAUUACAACGAAAAGGAUGAUCCAAUAUCAUGCCAUUUGUUUAACAUCGAAGGGAGCUACUGGACCAAUUUACGGAAGAAACUGUCCCCGAUAUUUUCAUCUGGGAAGCUGAAGCUCAUGUGUCCAAUGGUCAUAACCAUUGCCGAACGUUUCCAAAAAUGUUUGUCCAAAAGCAUCAGCCAGAAUCAACAGGAGGCUGAGAUGAAAGAGUGGCUCAAUCGAUUCACGGUCGAUGUUAUAGGAACGUGUGCAUUUGGAAUCGAGUGCAACAGUUUGACCAACCCCGAGGAAGAGUUUCGAAAAAUGGGAGUGAAAAUGUUCCAUGUGGCCAACAGCAGAAUCAUCAAAUUUUUCUUCAUAUCGUUGUUUAAGAACCUGGCCAAGAAGGUACAUAUUAAAUCUGUGCCUGAAGAUGUGUCGGAGUUCUUCUUCAAGGUCAUUCGCAAGACGAUCGCAUUUCGUGAGAUGAACCAUGUUCUGAGGAACGAUUUUAUUAAUCUUUCGAUGCAGCUGAUGGCGGAUGGAAAGUUAGAGGGAUCGGAUGAAGACGUGGGAAAGAUAACGCUGAACGAAGUGGUAGCACAAUCGUUUGUAUUUUUCUUAGCUGGUUAUGAAACGUCAAGCACAGUGAUGAUGUUCUGUUUGUACGAGUUAUCGCUGCAAGAAGAUAUCCAACGGCGUGCGAGGGAAAACGUGAUAUCAGCUGUUGCAAGACACGGAGGUUUGAAUUAUGAUGCCUUGAUGGAUAUGGGUUAUCUAGAUCAGUGUGUCAACGAAACCAUGAGAAAAUAUCCACCGGCGGGAAAUUUGGGUCGUUGUGUCACCAAAGACUACAACAUUCCCAAUACAAACAUUACGCUGAGGAAGGGAUUGAACGUGGUGAUCCCUGUGCAUGGAAUCCAUCACGAUGCGGAGUACUAUCCGGAUCCCGAACGAUUUGAUCCGGAGCGGUUCAGUGCGGAGGAAUCGACCAAGAGAUUACCGUUUACUUUUAUGCCCUUCGGGGAGGGUCCACGUAACUGCAUUGCUGCUCGAUUCGGAAUGCUAAUGGCCAAAGUCGGAGUGGCAUCGAUGUUGAUGAGAUUCCAAUUUUCCAAGUGUUCCAAGACCGCUGUACCAUUGGUAAUAUCCCCAAAGCAUGCGUCGAUGUCUCCCGAGGGAGGAAUGUGGUUGAAAGUGAAGGAGAUCAAAUAGGAAGGGUAUGUUAUUUGAAGAAAUAGCAGUACUGAAAAAAUCGUCUUUAAGGAACAGUCAUCACACAGUUAUGGAUAACCCACAGAUACCUGAUCUGUUGAUUAAAUACAAAAUUUCUUAUCAAAUUGAUGAGCAAUUAAAUAAAAAAAAUACGUGUGCUAUUAAUCUCGAAAAAUGUGCAAUUAAUUCUAAUAAACUUUUUAACAAUAAAUGACGCAUUUCCAAGUGCAAAUACUAUCACA